CAUCUUCUGCACUGGGUUUGUCUUCUUUUGGCCAUUGCCUACUCAGACACAGAGAGAGAGAAGGAAUUCAAACCUCUGAAAACUGUUAGAAGUCUCUCAAAAACAAACAUUAUCUGUUGUGUGUCUCUAUUAGGCGCUCUCUUCUUACAUAGCAAAACAGAAAGAAGAAUGAAGAAUCUUGUGCUGCUAAUUCUGCUUCUUCUCUGUCCACCCGUUUGGAUUCUUCAUCCCCCAAACAAUGCUCUAGCUCAUGCUAGAUCCGACCCUUCUCUUUCUCCGCCACCAUAUGCUUCUCCAGCAACCUCCUCUCCAGAGGAUAAAAGCUCUAGUAAAAAACACCAUAAGGAUCCAAGUAGGAAAUUGCUCAUAUCACUCAUUGCUGCUGCUACUGCACUGGGUACAAGCUUAUUGCUCAUGGGGUGCUUCUGGAUUUAUCAUAGAAAGAAAAUCCACAAAUCUCAUGAUACUAUUCAUAGCCCAGAUGUAGUUAAAGGUCUUGCAUUAUCCUCAUAUAUUAGCAAAUACAACUCCUUCAAGUCGAAUUGUGUGAAACGACAUGUCUCGUUGUGGGAGUACAAUACACUCGAGUCGGCCACGAAUAGUUUUCAAGAAAGCGAGAUCUUGGGUGGAGGGGGGUUCGGGUUUGUGUACAAGGGAAAACUAGAAGACAACUCGUAUGUAGCUGUGAAGAGGCUGGAAGUUGGAAGACAAAAUGCAAUUAAAGAAUUCGAGGCUGACAUAGAGGUAUUGGGCACAAUUCAGCAUCCGAAUAUAAUUUCGUUGUUGGGAUAUAGCAUUCAUGCUGACACGAGGCUGCUAGUUUAUGAACUGAUGCAGAAUGGAUCUCUGGAGUAUCAACUACAUGGACCUUCCCAUGGAUCAGCAUUAGCGUGGCAUAAUAGAUUGAAAAUCGCACUUGAUACAGCAAGGGGAUUAGAAUAUUUACAUGAACAUUGCAAACCACCAGUUAUCCAUAGAGAUCUGAAAUCCUCCAAUAUUCUUCUAGAUGCCAACUUCAAUGCCAAGAUCUCAGAUUUUGGUCUUGCUGUGCGCGAUGGGGCUCAAAACAAAAAUAACAUUAAGCUCUCUGGAACCGUUGGCUAUGUAGCUCCAGAAUACCUAUUAGAUGGAAUACUAACAGAUAAAAGUGAUGUUUAUGGCUUCGGAGUUGUACUUCUGGAGCUUCUACUAGGAAAAAGGCCCGUGGAGAAACUGGCACCAGCUCAAUGCCAGUCUAUUGUCACAUGGGCCAUGCCUCAGCUCACAGACAGAUCAAAGCUUCCGAACAUUAUUGAUCCUGUGAUCAAAGAUACGAUGGAUAUCAAGCACCUAUUCCAGGUCGCUGCAGUUGCUGUGCUCUGCGUUCAACCGGAGCCAAGCUAUCGUCCAUUAAUAACAGACGUCUUGCAUUCGCUUAUACCCCUUGUUCCCGUGGAGCUUGGCGGGACACUCAGAGUUGUUUCUCAACAACCAUCUUAGCUCUGCAGUUCGAGAACUGAUUUUCGUAGUGCAAUGUCUGUCUGUCGGUCUGUUUUUCGCCCUGCGCCUCUGCAUCUGCAUCUGCGCUGCUCGGUUAACACUCCCUCGCCAAUUCUCGGUUGCAGUUCUCGCAGGAAGUCAAUCAGUUUAGCCCUUUGCAUGAAUGGAAUGACAAGUUUCAUGACAUUUUAGGUUAAAUUUGGAUUGAAGGCUUGAAGCAACACAGCUGUGAUGUGUUCUUCCAUAUUGCUGUACAUAGUUAAGAAUAAGUAUGAAAAGAAGAGAGGAAGAAGAACAAUGUGUCACUUUUACAAAGUUAAUAUUUACUAAUUUAUACGCUCUUUUUCUUGUUUAAA